AUGGUAACUACGAUCAAAAUAACCGGAGACGGUGUUUUCAUCCAAUCGAACUCGUUCAAUGGUGGCAUUGGAGGUCCCGGUGGAGGUGGAAGACUUCAGCAUCACCAGCAACAACAGUUGACGGAAGCUGCCCUGGGCAGCCCAGCGCUCGGUGAGCCCGCUCUGCCAGGGUCCCCGGCGAGAAAUGGCAACGGAUCCCUGGACGCGGUGGAUAGUGCAGGUGUUAGCGCGGCGUCCCUACUGAGUGAUACCAACAACAAUCACAAAGGCUACCGAAAUUUCAACCAUCGCCGGUAUCAGUCGGACGAAGGGCCCGGUUUGCUUGGAGUGGGACUGAAGAACGGUCUGCCUGCGGAGGGUGCACCCGAGUGCACGGAAGUUCCCGUCGGAGCUGAAGCCGACGACGCGAUUGGAUCCGAUUCGGGCAGGAAUCGGGACAAGUUUACCAUAUCGUUUCUGAACACGCACCGCUCGGGAGGUUCCCCGCACGGUGGUAAAAGUUUGCUCAACCACAAGUUCAUCGUGUACAACAGCAAGAAACCAAAGACGUCGUCGGUGCUGCACCAGCAGUUCUAUCAGCAGCAGGCGGAUACAGGCAGCAGUCGGGGUGGUUCGCCACCAUCGUCCUCGCCGUACCAGAGCCACUACCAGCAGUAUCUGUACAAUCGAUUGCGUCCCUCGCUGUCGACUUCCGUGCUCAGCUCACCGUCGCUGUUGGGCGGAACGGUUGGAGCAGGACUUACGCCUAAUCUAAGUCGCUCCGAACAACAGCACCUGCUCCAGCAGCAGGAGCAGCAGGUGCAACGUGACAGGGAUCAACAACACCUCUAUCAGAACGGCCUUUUCCAUCAGCAACACCGGGCCCUGCUUGGUACACCACCAGCCGCCGUACCCGGGUGGGCCAAGUCGACCUCCUGUCUGGUGACGAGCAGUGGAGGCAGUAUCACAGCGGGAGCAGGUUCCUCUACCUACAAUCGAUCCAUCACCGGGUCGCCCUUGUUGCUUCUGACGCAGCACCCGAGAAGCUCGCCACCACAACCAGCCCCGAUAGGCACCACCAGCGCACCCGGAGCCGGUCCCACCUCGUCAUCCACUUCGUCGCUUUCCUCACCAUCCACCUCCUCCGCCGGGGGGUCCUCCACGCCAGCUUCCGGUGCAAGUUCAUCGUCCAACUCGCCACCUCCACCGGAAGACCGAGCGUCACCGACGUCACCGAUUCCACCAACAAACGGUGGUGGCGCUGUUCCCACGGGUUCUUCAGCGCCGUCGUCCCCUACCCGGCAGGUGUCGCCAUUGACGCCGCCAGCGCCAUCUACGCCAACGCAGUCGUCACCAUCGCCGACGUCGCCAGCACCGGCAAAUAUUGAUGUCGAUGUGAGGGGUGUUCCACGGUUUGACAGAAGCACCAAACCGUCCGCCAACGGCAGCGAUCAGCAGCGGCCUCAGUAUCACCAUCGGCUUCAGCAGCAGCGAUCGUUCGAUCUACAACUCUCCAGCACACCGGAGUACGAUCAGCCGCCACACCAGCAGCAGCAGCAACAGCAUCAAAGUCCGCCGAAACAGCCACUGUCAGAGGACGAGGAGACGCUUCUAGCACGCCGCAACUCGACCGGAAGCAGCGUGGCGCUGAACGGAAUGAACAGCCACACGGCGGCGAUCAAUCUGCAGCAUCCGGGCACAGGGCAGACGGCAGUGGUCGGCCACCAUCGGGGCUUCUCGUCGACGGUCGUAGCGGCCGCUAACUCGGCCGCCGCCUCCGCCACCGACUGUCCAUGGUUUAUGCCGCACCAGAUGCCGCCGACGGCCCCGGCACGCCAGCACAAGCGACCCGCCCCCCAACCCGGCGGUGGUGUCCUCGGAGGUGCUGGCGGUGGCGGCGGGCCCGGCAAUCACAUGCAACCGCCGCAGUUUAUAAGCCCACCACCAGCUCCCCAGCAGCAGCAGCAGCAGCAGCAAACGCAUCAACAUAGUCAGCAGUCAGCAGUCGUGCCGCCACCGCAAUUACCUCCACACACUGUGAACCCGAGUCUCAAUUCCAUCCACCAUCCGGUGCAACAGCUUGUCGCCCCGCAGUCAGUAGCACAACACCAGCAGCAGCAGCAGCAACAUCAACCACCGAUACCGCCACACCCGGCGGCGAGCGCACUGAUCGGACACCAACCGCCGCCCGUGCACCACAUACCAAAAUCGCCCAAUCAGCAUCAACCGCCGCAGCAUGUCGUACCACCGCAAGCUUUAUCGUCCUCCGCGGUGUCGGCGGCUGCCCAGCAACAACAGCACAAUCCAGCCGGACUCGCGGCCAGCAACCACUCGACGGGACCAUCCUCCACCAGCACCAGCGGCUCCUCUUCGGUAGCGUCCGCGGCGGCUAACCUUAUGUCGGCCUCGAUGAACAGUGCCCAGCUGCAGGGACACAUCCUGCAGCCGGGCGGAGGCCUUACCGGUUCGACACAAUCCAUCCAGCAGCAGCAGCAGCAGCAACAGUCGGCGAUUCCUCAGCAGCAGCAGGUUCAUCAUAUGUCCAACUCACUCCAUGGUCCGAUCGGACUGCCGACCGUCACCCAAUCGGUUGGUCACGACAGCAAUGGAGGAGCAGGAGGAGGUCCUAGCUCCGGCAACCCCAGUUGGAACUGCGUCCCAGUUGGGCUAUCCUCACCGACCACCUCGGCUGCAGCGGCCGCACACCGGAGGGCAGAGUUGAACGCAAAACUAAAUGCCAUGCCUUGGUUCCAUGGACGAAUAAAACGGGAAGAGGCAGAAUCGUUGCUGAAACCACGAGACGAUGGUCUGUUUCUGGUGCGGGAGUCCACCAACUUCCCCGGGGACUACACGCUGUGCGUUUGCUUUAACGAAAAGGUCGAGCACUACCGCAUCAAGUACGUGGACAACAAGCUUACUAUCGACGACGACGAGUACUUUGACAAUCUAGGCCAGCUGGUGGAGCACUAUACCCUCGACUCGGAUGGACUUUGCACGAAGCUGAUGAACGCCCUGCCGAAGGAGGAGUUUUGUGUGAAAGAUUUCCAGGACAAUGGAUGGGAGAUCAAGAUGGAGGACCUGCAGCUGAAGGAAAACAUCGGCAAGGGCGAGUUCGGUGACGUAAUGCUCGGUAUACUGAAGGGCGAAAAGGUGGCCGUGAAAGUGCUAAAGGAUGCCGGACGAGCGUCGAAUAAGUUCCUUGCCGAAGCGGGAGUAAUGACCACACUGGAGCAUGAAAAUCUCGUCAAGUUUAUUGGGUUGGUGUUUCACGAUAAGUACAUCUACUUGGUGACGGAGUACAUGAGCAAAGGGUCGCUCGUCGAUUAUCUACGGUCCCGUGGUCGACAACACAUUACGCGAAAAGAUCAGAUCAAUUUUGCUUAUGAUACAUGCUGUGGGAUGGAGUAUUUAGAAACCAAAAAAGUCAUCCACCGAGAUUUGGCCGCCCGGAAUGUGCUCAUCUCGGAGGACUGCGUUGCCAAAGUGUCUGACUUUGGGCUCGCGCGGGACGAACGCUACACCGGUGACACCAGCAAGCUUCCGAUCAAGUGGACAGCCCCGGAAGCACUCAAGGAAGGCAAAUUCUCCAACAAAACUGACAUGUGGAGCUUCGGGAUAUUGCUAUGGGAAAUCUAUUCAUUCGGACGCGUACCAUAUCCGAGAAUUCCCCUGGCCGAUGUAGUGAAGCACGUCGGGAGCGGCUACAAAAUGGAGGCACCCGAGGGCUGUCCGCCAGAAAUCUACGAAAUGAUGCGCCAAGCGUGGGAUCUCGUCCCCGAGAAGCGACCCACAUUUGCUGAGCUGAAGCGUCGGUUGUACAACUGCAAACGUGAAACUGCCAACACCUACGUCACGUAGAGCGGAAAGCGGAAAUGUUUCUCCAUUGACGCACAGCAGAGCUAGGACAAGUUUCCAGUAGCGCUUCACCGUUAUAAAAGAAUCCUUUUCGAUGUGUUGAGAAAAUAAGCUUCUCAUAGGGAACCGUUGCACAAGGUUUACGGCGCCAGAUAGUAUGGAUAUUUGAAGCAUUAAGGUUAAGUUCAAAAUUUCUUCUAUUUAGGAGAGUUUUGCGCACGCACAGUAACUUUGAAAGUACAACACCAGUUUUUGAUGAUUUGACUUGAAUAUCU